AUGUCAGUGCGCAAUCUCACUGCUCAUCACGAAGGCGAUUUUCCGUACCAGGUGUCCCUGCAGCGCGUGGUGCUCGGUCUGCGGUACCACAGCUGUGGUGGCUCCAUCCUGUCCAGCAACGCCAACCUCACCGCCGGACACUGCGCCGUCUACAUCGUGAGUAUGACCACUGUCACACCACACCUGACAUUUUUCCCCAGAUGCUUAGACCAAGUUACUGGGCUAGACUUGCAAGUUCAAGAUGUGAAACACAAAAGUGUAGCUCCAAACGACAUCGCCGUCUUCCUUUUGGAGUCCUCUCUGUCUCUGGGAACGUACGUCCAGGCCAUCAGCUUGCCGAGCGCCGGUUCAAUCCCUGCAGGUGGAUCCAUCGCCGUCCUUUCUGGCUGGGGUGCAACGGAAACGGCCAACACACCUGACAUUCUCCAAACUGUCGACGUCACUGUAAUCGACUAUGAAACUUGCAGCCAAAAUAUCGACGACCUGGACCUCGGUUCCAACCCGCUUACGGAGACUAUGGUCUGCACGGGACCCAUUUAUGAUGGCAUCUCCGUCUGCGGUAAGUAUUCAGACAUUUUUAACCACUCUCUGAUGUUUGAUCGAGUUCAGGGUGAUUCCGGCGGCUCCUUGGCGCAGAAUGGAGAACUGAUCGGUGUGGUGUCCUGGGAGUGCACCCAUGUGAUUACCCAGGCGCUCCGUCCAUCUACACCAGAGUAUCCGCUCACCUGGACUUCAUCAACCAAAACGGGCGAAGAGUCAUUUCACUUGUAUAAAUGA